CCCACACUCAAAAGAAUGAAGACUCGACAGAACAAGGACUCAAUGUCAAUGCGGAGUGGACGGAAGAAAGAGACUCCAGGGCCCCGAGAGGAGCUCAGGUCGCGGGGUCGAGCUUCCCCUGGCGGCGUCAGCACUUCCAGCAGUGAUGGCAAGGCUGAGAAAUCUCGCCAAGCCACAAAGAAAGGCCGCAUGGAGGAAUCCUGCACCCCCAAGGGCAGCAAGCAGGGCCGAACAGAAGAGAUCUCAGAGAGUGAAGGGGAAGACACCAAUGCUCCGAAAAAAACCAAAACCGAGGAGUUGCCCUGCCCUCCAUCCCCAUCCGAUGUUGACAGCCUUGAUGGCCACAGCUUCAAUGAUGAGAUGAGCAGUGACCCACGGGACAUUGACCAGGAUAACAGGAGCACUUCCCCCAGUGUCUACAGCCCCGGCAGCGUGGAGAAUGACUCCGACUCCUCCUCUGUGCUGUCCCAGGGGCCCUCGCACUCCUACCACCACCCUCCGCUCUUCCCCCAGAGCCCACCGGUAGCUCCCCCUCCUGACACCCUGGCCCGUCCUCCUGAGCCCGGCUUUGGGCUCGCAAGCGAGGUGCACCCCCAGGGACCCCCCGCAGGGAGCUACCAUUCCCAGCUGGAGGGCCAGGCCUCUCGUAUUUUCCAGGCUCAAGCCCCACAGACACCCACUUCCUCCUCCUCUACUGUUGCUGCCCCUCCUGCUCCCCCUCCCUCCUCUUCCUCCUCCUCUUCUUCCUCCUCCUCAUCAUCGUCCUCUUCCUCAUCCUCUUCCUGCUCCUCCUCCUCUUCCUCAUCCUCCUCUUCCUCCACCCACACUCCUCUUUACCCUACAGCCAGUGUGGUCCAGGUUGGGGCCAAAAUUGCCAGUGGAGUUGGAGGGGUCCCAACACCAGGCGGUCGCGAGCAGACCCUCAGUGCCAAGCACAAUCCACCACCCACCACCCCCAUCUCCCUGGCAUCAGUGGUCGGGGGACUCCCCCCUCAAAAGACACCCCCAGCCAACCCUCCGGUGGCCCCUCCAGCUUCAGCCCCUUCCUUCCCCCAUGUCUCUGCCAAUCUACCUCCCCCUCCAGCCCUGCGCCCACUCAACAAUGUGGUAGCUGCCUCCAGCUCCCCAGGGAUGGUGGGGCAGGCCCUGAGCAACCACCUUCCCUCACCCCACGGGAUGGGGCAGGACAAGGCACCAGCUCUGGCCCCCUCCCGUUACCCCUAUGCCCCGCCACCACUGCCACCCUCCAGCUCCUCAGCUCAGUACCCCCAGCCCUCCACAGCGCAGCCUCUGCCCAGUUACACUGCCUCCUAUGGGCACUCCUUCCCCCCACCCAGCGGCCUCUCUGUGUCCAGCCAGCCCCCCAAGUAUACUCAGCCCUCCCUCCCCUCCCAGCCAGUGUGGAGCCAGGGGCCACCCCCCUACAGCCGCCCCCUGGGCAAUGCUGGCUCCCACCCCACCACUUCUUUCCCUGGCCAGCCCCUCCAUCACCAGCAGCCACCCCAGCAGCAUCACCACAGCCAUGGAAGCAGUGGGGGGGUCUCCCCAGCAGCCACAGUUCCCCCCCAGCCACCUGGUGGUUACCCCCACAGCCUGGAGUCAAACAGCCAUCACCCUUCCCAUGGCACCUAUGGGCUGCGUCUCUACCCUCCCCACAGCCAGGCCACCUACAGCCAGGCUCCCUCAGCUGCCACUGCUGCCGCCCCCUCUUCUUCCUCUUCCUCCUCCUCCACCUCCACCUCUUCCCAGGGAAGCUAUCCUGGAAUGUGCACUCACCCCCCAGGUCAGAGUCCUGCCACCUACACCUUCCCCCCACCGCCACCUCCCUCCCCUGCCCCUGGGGCUGGCCCUCCGGUCACCUCUGCUGCCACCACACUCUCCACUGUCAUUGCCACCAUGGCCUCCCUGUCUGCUGCCCCAUACAAGACAGCGUCUCCCCCAGUACCUGCCUCGGUUGUGGCUCCCUACGGGAAGCGGGCAGCCUCCCCAGUCCCCACUUUUCAGCCCCCAGCCCCCUACAAGCCAGGCUCGCCCCCUUCUUCCUCAGCUGCCCCUUUCCGGGCAGCCACCCCUCCUGGCUAUCGAGUAGUCUCAUCCCCUGUGGCAGGGGGCUACAAAGCACCCUCCCCAGCUCCCUCUGCACCACCCCCCCUGCCAGGGAGCAUGGCUGCUCCGGCUCCACCGCCACCCACCCCGCUCCCCCUCAGCGCCGCACAAAUCAAGCAGGAGCCAUCAGAGGAGUAUGAGCCCCCUGAGAGCCCUGUGCCACCUGCUCGCAGCCCUUCGCCACCCCCCAAGGUGGUGGAUGUACCAAGCCACGCCAGCCAGUCAGCUAGGUUCAACAAACACUUGGACCGUGGCUUCAACUCCUGCUCCCGCACGGACCUGUACUUUGUGCCCCUCGAUGGCUCCAAGCUGGCCAAAAAAAGGGCAGACUUGGUGGAAAAAGUGCGGCGAGAGGCUGAGCAGAAGGCACGGGAGGAGAAGGAGCGGGAACGGGAGCGGGAGCGGGAGAAAGAGCGGGAGCGGGAGAAGGAGCGGGAGCUGGAGCGGAGUGUGAAGAUGGCCCAGGAGGGCCGGCCGGUUGAGUGCUCAUCCCUCGGGCCGGUUCCCCACCGCCCCUCCUUCGAGCAGGGCAGCGCCGUUGCCACCGUGCCCCCAUACCUGGGCCCUGACACCCCGGCCCUGCGCACCCUCAGUGAAUACGCGCGGCCCCACGUCAUGUCCCCCAGCAACCGCAACCACCCUUUCUACAUGCCGCUGGGCGCCGUGGACCCGGGCUUGCUGGGGUACAACGUGCCGGCCAUCUACAGCAGUGACCCAGCCACACGGGAGCGGGAGCUGAGGGAGCGGGAGGCCCGCGAGCGGGACCUGAGGGACCGCGACCUGCGCGAGCGUCUCAAGCCUGGCUUUGAAGUGAAGCCGGCCGAGCUGGAGCAGCUCCAUGCCAUGCCGGCGGCUGCCAUGGAUCCGUUUCCACGCCACGGCGGGCUGAGUCUGCAGACGGCACCUGGCCUCCAUCCCGCUUUCCCCUUCCAUCCAGGGCUGGGCCACUUGGAGCGGGAGAGGCUGGCGCUGGCAGCCGGCCCGACCCUGCGUCCCGACAUGUCCUACGCCGAGCGCUUGGCGGCUGAGCGCCAGCAUGCGGAGCGGGUGGCUGCUCUCAGCAACGACCCCCUGGCCCGGCUGCAAAUGCUCAAUGUGACACCUCAUCAUCAUCAGCAUUCCCACAUCCACUCCCACCUCCAUCUCCACCAGCAGGAUGCCAUACAUGCAGCCUCGGCCUCUGUUCACCCUCUUAUUGACCCACUUGCCUCGGGAUCGCAUCUCACCCGGAUACCAUACCCAGCCGGAACCAUCCCCAACCCUCUCCUGCCUCACCCUCUACAUGAGAAUGAAGUGCUGCGCCACCAGCUUUUUGCUGCACCCUACAGGGACUUGCCAGGCUCUCUGACAGCACCCAUGUCGGCAGCACACCAGCUGCAGGCCAUGCAUGCGCAGUCGGCCGAGCUGCAGCGCCUGGCUCUGGAGCAGCAGCAGUGGCUGCACGCCCAUCACCCUCUGCACGGCGUGCCCCUCCCCACGCAGGAGGACUACUACAGCCACCUGAAGAAAGAAAGUGACAAACCCCUUUAA